AUGUGGGCUCCGGUUGCAGAGGACCUGGUCAUGCAGGCAUGGGUGGCAGCGAGGGUUAGCAGCGUGGCAGAAGAGAGCUUCGGCACGGGUCUCUCUUACGAGAACUGGCGUGACCAUGAGCUUCAUGAGAUUCUUUGUGCACUGGUGCCGCUGUGGAACAUUAGGAGCAGAGUGUACGUGGACCGGCCGGACAUGGAAAAUUUGACGCUGCUCCGCCUGUGCGGCGACGUUCUUUGCACACUGGUCUUCUCUGAUGUUCGCAUGCUCGAGUACAUUCCUGCAUCUCUGAGGGAAGUGACGUUCUCAGAGUAUCCCAUGACACAAGUCCUGGAAUGCCACGGCAAUGAGUGGCGUGUUCGGCUUGGGUGCCUGGAAGAGUUGCUUCAGCAGGCUUUGCACCACAUGCGAAGUCAUAGAGAUAUCUUCCAGCAGCAUGUGUGGAAAAGCUUGGAGCAAGUGUUUGAAGAUGCUGCGCUGUUGACUGCCGGGCUGCUGACCCAGCCCGAUGUUUCUGGACAGUGA